AUGGAUGCGACCACGUAUAUAUGGCGAGAGAAGAUAACUUUGAGGCGUUGGAAACCAUACCGUGUUUCUUUCAUGCCCGCUUAUUUCUUCCUUCAAAUUCAGAAAGCAUACCUCUUGUUUAUGGGUAACAAAAGAUCCUAUGAAUUAGCUGAAAUUCUUCUUGCUUACGGGAGAGGAGAGCUUCCACCUCAUGGGUGGACUAAUAAAAUUUGGGGUGUCGAUGUUGAUCUUCUCUACUUUCCUCAAUUUUUUAAUACAAUGUUUUCCGCAAAGAAUCAUUGGGUUUCUGUAUGCGUCAAUAUCAUUGAAAAGGCAAUUGAAGUAUUUGAUAGCUCGACAGGAAGGAAUAUGCAAUACUUGGAGAAACUUGGUGUUAUGAUUCCUAGGAUAGAAUGA